UCAAAUUCCAUUGCAGAGCUGUCUGAUGAGGAAUUGGCCGCACUAGCGGAUAUCGUUCGAGAGGAAAUGAUACGGUAUGAACAGCCUCCGCAAUUGGUCGCCAUGCCACAGUAUGAAAUUAUCGACGUCCCAGAUGAAAUGCUCGAUAGCCAGGUAUAUGAGCCAUUUCCAAGGGAUCGAAGGGCAAUGGCACCGAUGGGAUGGGCCGAUCAAAUGAAUGAUGAGCCUGAGGUGAGUCUAUUUGAGCAAUACGUCGUAGUUCCCGAAGAGGCUGUGAUCGAAGCAUUGAAUGAAGAACGAGAUGAACAGGAAUUGAGGGAAAGAAUCGCGGAAAUCGCACAAAUCCUUAAUGAACGGGCAAAUCGACGAUCACGACUCUACUGA